AUGCCGCCAAAAUUCGAUCCGAGCGAAGUGAAGGUCAUUCACCUGAGGGCCACGGGCGGAGAAGUUGGUGCCAGUUCGGCGUUGGCUCCCAAGAUUGGACCUCUCGGAUUGUCCCCCAAGAAGGUCGGCGAGGACAUCGCAAAAGCCACAGGCGACUGGAAAGGUCUCCGCGUAACCGUUAAGCUUACGAUCCAAAAUCGCCAAGCAGCCGUCUCGGUCGUUCCCUCCGCCUCCUCCCUCGUCAUCAAGGCUCUGAAAGAGCCUCCUCGCGAUCGCAAGAAGGAGAAGAACAUCAAGCACACCAAGAGCGUUCCUCUGGAGGAGAUCAUCAGCAUUGCCCGAACCAUGAGGUUCAAGUCAAUGGCUAAGGACCUGAAGGGCACCGUAAAGGAGGUUCUCGGCACCGCUUUCUCCACAGGAUGCCAGGUGGAUGGCAGGAGUCCCAAGGCUAUCAGUGACGACAUCGAGUCAGGAGAGAUCGAAAGUAUGCUAUAUUCCUUUCCCAGUACUAGUCCGAACGCGCUAACCGAUGCAAGUCCCCGAGGAGUAAGCUAG